AACUUCCUUAAAUUAAAUGUUAAAUUCCUCGAAAAUUUCCUUGUCCGGUCAGGACUUUCCAAGUAGGGCGGUCUCUGACGUCACAUUCCAGGAAGUGUUUCUUUGUCGAGGGAAGUUUCACAUUUGCGCGUGUUUAAGGUAUGAAAACACCUGCUUGGACAAACCAUACAUGACGGAGGACGGAUCCGCGCAGAUCUGCCGGGGAUUCAACAGCUGUUUCGUGUAGCUUAGAAGUGCCCAGCAUGUACGUGCGUGAGAAGGUGUAAUGGCUAAGGUCAUUCUGGUGGACCUCGUGCACCCCAACUGCUCGCAGUACAGCCUGUGUCUAGACGCGCGCAUUAGCCGGUUAUGCACGUUCGUCGGAACGGGCGCAGGCGAGCCGGUGUACGUCCUGCUUGGGCAGCGCGCCGCCUCCGCCGCGGAGAGCCCGAGCGCCACUGAGGCGCCUCUUCUGGAGAACCUGCGCCGUCUAAACAGGCACGUACAUGUUCUCACCGGCAGCAGUGAAGCCGCGGCCGUUUACUCGUUCAAACGAGCUGUGGACCAGCUGGACGCGACAGUUAUCGACGUGGUGAGUUCAGGCCCGAGGCAGGCGGGGCUGCGCGUGUACCAGGAGCGCCUGUUCACAGCGCGCUACAACUUCCAGUACAGCCGCGGCUUCGAGAGCGCGCCGUGCCCGAGCGGAGAGCCUCCUCUCACCUGCACGCAGCUCGCUGCUAUCGGGGAGCAAAUUGACACCUUUCUCCAACACCUCCCAGCUGUCAAAGGAGACAUCACCAUUCUGAAAUCUUCCAUGAUCUCGGACUGCUUUUCUCACGGUUUCACCACGAGAAAGGGGGGAAUCUCCUACAUCAACACCUUAACUUCCUUAAACCUGUUCAGCAGCUGCCGGCGCCGGGACUCCCCAGCUGAGGUGUCGGAAAACCUCCGACGCCUCGGCCUGCGGGCUGGCUUCCUGCCACACCAGCUCCACCUGCCCAAGGUAAACCAUGCCAGUGAUGUGUGGGUAAUGAGCAAGGCUGCGCCGGACAGUUACGACGGGAUUGUGACCAAUCAGACAGGUGUUGUCAUAGCAGCACCAGGAGCGGACUGCAUGCCGCUUCUGUUCACUGACCCCGUGAGGAAGGUCAUUGGUGUAGCACAUGCAGGCUGGAAGGGUACUCUCCUGGGGAUUGCCAUGGCAACAGUAAAGGCCAUGGUGCUGCAUUUUGGCAGUGAGCUCACUAAUGUGGUGGCUGUGAUUGGUCCUUCUGUCGGGCCCUGCUGUUUCACUCUGGAUCAAGACUCAGCAAGGCAGUUCCUGGCCAUCCAUCCCGCCUGUGUGAGAGACGUGGAGUCACCCAGGCCUCGCGUUGACAUCAGACUCACCACCAGAGUUCUGCUGGAGAGAGGGGGAGUUCUCCCACAGCACAUCCAUGACGACAGUGUGACCAACAGGCCCAGCGUGACCCUUUGCACAGCCUGCCACCCCGACACCUUCUACUCCCAUGUUAGGGACGGCCUCGACUUUGGCACUCAGAUAGGCUUCCUGCAAAUCAGAGAAUCCAGUGAAUGCAGUUACUGAAAAAGGUGGUGCUUAAAUGAAAAUUUUGACUGCAAGUACUCUUAGCCAAUGAUAUUUUAAAAAUGUAAUCAUUCAGAUUGUGGAAUUUCUGACCUUUUGACUUAUACAGGUGACAAGAGUCCUAGGCUGCCUGGAAAUUAAAGUUGUUAAAUGUAUUAAAUCUACAAAAUACCACUCAGGAUAUGCACAACUUACCACGACUUCAGCUUUAAGGUUCUGAACAUGCUUCACAUCCUAAUCAUGCAUGAUAUGGGUGGUAGAUAUUACUGUUGUUUUAGUGACUACCUGCUUUCCAGUCGCAACAGUUCCUUACUGGGACUUCAAAAUAUCCUGCAUCGAGCCCACUCGCCUCAAACCUCACUAGUCCACUGUGGAGAUUGAGAGCCCUAAUUUUGCUAGUUUAUUAAUCUCCUCAGGAAUGACUGGAUUGUCUUCAUAAACAUCCCCACCUUUCAAAGCUUGCUUUCCUGAUCCUGUGUAAAGAAGUUCAACACAAGGGGGCAGUCAGGAGACAUGAGAGAUUCUGUUUGCAUUUCAAAUCAUUUGCAUUUUCAAUAAAUCUAGAGCGUGCUGGAGGGAA